CAGCUGUGGUUUGGGGAACCUGCGGGUCCCUUUUGGCGGGGCGCGCGGUGGGGGAAUCAAAAAAAAUGGGGCGGACGAAGUUAGCUAAAAGGCAGCCGGAUUUCCUGAGAGUCUGGAGUAGUUUUAAAGGAAAGAGAGCCUUUCGGGUGAGGGUUUUGGCGUUAGCCGGCCGCGGUUUGUUGGCUCCGACCUUUUUUAUUCCCUCUCCUGGCCACAGCGAGGCCUUUCAGCCUCGCGCCCUUGGCCCGCUCUCCUCUGCAGAUGUGAAACAUUUCUGCGCCCGGGUCUUCUGCCUCUUCGCUUGUACUCUCUCUGGGCGUGUGCAAAGCAGAACUAGAACAAAGCUUAGCUGGUUAGGAGGCGAGAAAACCGGUUGCCUGUAGCGUUUACAUUUACGGUAUAUAGAGUUUGGUGCCCUGGUUGUCAGAUGUUGGAAGGCAAUAGACAGAACCUACUCGCUGUGGUUUUAUACCAGUCCUGGGGUGCAGUGUUUAACACAGAACUUCGGUUACUGUAACUCUUGUCUGUGUCGAUAGAGUUAAGCUGGAGCUUUGCUUCGAAGGAUAAAUAAAGCACAGCCUCUCAACUGGACAUAAAUGGAUCUAAAGACAGCAGUAUUUAACGCAGCUCGAGAUGGCAAACUCCGGCUCCUCACCAAAUUGUUGGCAAGCAAAUCCAAAGAGGAGGUUUCCUCCUUGAUCUCGGAAAAAACGAAUGGGGCCACACCACUCUUGAUGGCUGCCAGGUAUGGGCACCUUGACAUGGUGGAAUUCCUCCUAGAGCAGUGCAGUGCUUCGAUAGAAGUCGGGGGCUCAGUCAAUUUUGAUGGAGAAACCAUUGAGGGGGCUCCCCCUUUGUGGGCCGCUUCUGCAGCAGGACAUCUGAAGGUGGUUCAGUCUUUGUUAAAUCAUGGAGCGUCUGUCAACAAUACGACCUUAACCAACUCCACUCCUCUUCGGGCUGCCUGUUUCGAUGGCCAUUUGGAAAUAGUCAAGUACCUUGUAGAACACAAAGCUGAUUUGGAAGUGUCAAACCGCCAUGGGCAUACAUGCUUGAUGAUCUCAUGUUACAAAGGACACAAAGAGAUUGCUCAGUAUUUACUUGAAAAGGGGGCAGAUGUUAACAGAAAAAGCGUUAAAGGUAAUACGGCAUUGCAUGAUUGUGCAGAAUCUGGAAGUUUGGACAUCAUGAAGAUGCUUCUUAUGUAUUGUGCCAAGAUGGAAAAGGAUGGUUAUGGAAUGACUCCCCUUCUGUCAGCAAGUGUGACUGGUCACACAAAUAUUGUGGAUUUUCUUACUCACCAUGCGCAGACCAGCAAGACCGAACGGAUCAAUGCUCUAGAGCUUCUGGGAGCUACAUUUGUAGACAAAAAAAGAGAUCUCCUUGGGGCUUUGAAAUACUGGAAAAAGGCAAUGAACAUGAGGUACAGUGAUAGGACUAAUAUAAUUAGCAAACCAGUACCACAGACACUAAUAAUGGCUUAUGAUUAUGCCAAGGAGGUAAAUAGUGCAGAAGAGCUAGAAGGUCUUAUUGCUGAUCCUGAUGAGAUGAGAAUGCAGGCACUACUAAUUAGAGAACGUAUUCUUGGUCCUUCUCACCCGGAUACCUCUUACUAUAUUAGAUAUAGAGGCGCUGUCUAUGCAGACUCUGGAAAUUUCAAACGAUGCAUCAACCUAUGGAAGUAUGCUUUGGAUAUGCAGCAGAACAAUUUGGACCCUCUAAGCCCAAUGACCGCCAGCAGCUUAUUAUCUUUUGCAGAACUAUUCUCUUUUAUGCUACAGGAUAGGGCUAAAGGCCUGCUGGGCACCACUGUUACAUUUGAUGAUCUUAUGGGCAUACUCUGCAAAAGUGUCCUUGAAAUAGAGCGAGCUAUCAAACAAACUCAGUGUCCAGCUGACCCAUUACAGUUGAAUAAGGCUCUUUCCAUCAUUUUGCACUUGAUUUGCUUGUUAGAAAAAGUUCCUUGUACUCUAGAACAAGACCAUUUCAAAAAGCAAACUAUAUACAGGUUUCUUAAGCUGCAUCCGAGGGGAAAGAAUAACUUCAGUCCUCUUCAUCUGGCUGUGGACAAGAAUACUACGUGUGUAGGGCGUUACCCUGUUUGUAAAUUUCCAUCUCUGCAAGUUACUGCGAUACUGAUAGAAUGUGGUGCUGAUGUGAACGUCAGAGACUCCGAUGACAACAGUCCCCUCCAUAUCGCUGCUCUGAACAACCAUCCAGACAUCAUGAAUCUUCUUAUUAAAUCAGGUGCACAUUUUGAUGCCACAAACUUGCACAAACAAACUGCUAGUGACUUGCUGGAUGAGAAGGAAAUAGCUAAAAAUUUGAUCCAGCCCAUAAAUCAUACCACAUUGCAGUGUCUUGCUGCUCGUGUCAUAGUGAAUCAUAGAAUAUACUAUAAAGGGCAUAUCCCAGAGAAGCUAGAGACCUUUGUUUCUCUUCACAGAUGAUGAUUUGACUGUGUUUGAGCACUGUUAAAGCACGAAUUGGUAACAGUUGUUUCAUAAAUGAGCACUGUUGUGAUUACACCAGCAUUCAUUUAGCUUGAAUUCAUUGUGCUCUCAUUGGCUAAAGCAUUGAUAAGCAUCAAAUUUACAGGAUUGGUUUCCCAGUAUUUAAUAUAAAUAUACCAUAUAAUAUAUUGUUUGUGAAUUAUUGAGAAAUGUAAUAUCAUAUUCAGAUUUCUAGAAUCAUCUGCCAAAGGCUUAUCCCUUCUGGUUUUAUUUUCUGUUGGGUAUUUGUAACAGAAUUAACCAUUUUUCAGUGGUGUCUUUAUACUUACUUUUCAGGUUUGUCAAUUUUAUACAAUUGAAGGUCUUUUUUUUCUGCUUCUUCUCCAAGCUUCUCCCUGUUUCCACUUCAUUUUUAACUUAACCAUUUCUACUUAUCAGUUUUUUCCCCUGAUGGACCCAUGUUUGUACAAAACUUCAUGGACUUGUUACCAUUUGCAGUUACCAUAAGUGCUUUAUCUUCUCUAUGCACCGGCUUAAACUUGACUGUUGUAUGUUAGCGUAUUUUCUAUGCAGCAGUUGGUCAACUUCAACUCCAAACACUGUUAAGUAUGUUACAAAGUUCAUUUUAUGAAAGUACUCCUGUAGCAUGACAAUUUUUAGAGCUUCUGGUUGGCUACCAGAGCUCAAGCUUUUUUGUUGUUUCUUUCUUUACAUCUGAGGUUUCUCUAAUCCACUGAAAUUAUUGUGUGCUAAAUUUGGGAAACAAAUCUAUUCUAACUCAUUAACCCAGUUGAAAUUUAGGUCUGUCAUCUUAAUAUAUCAUGCAGUAAAAGGAAGAGUAUAAAGUGACCCACCUUUCAUGCUGCGCCAGCGUUGUCCUGCUUAUGCUGAUGAUGUGAUUAGGUGUAGAGAAUUUGCUUAAAUUUAACCUCAAAGUUUAUCACACAGCUUAAUGAGUCACAUUGAAAUAUUUAGUAAUUGAACUGCAAAUCACUUUUAGUUACAAAAAAAGAGCUAAAGCAUGUCAGUGGCAUGAUGCUUGCCAAGCCAGAUCUAGGCAUCUAGAAUAAUUAAGGUAUUUUAGUAUGCAAUUUACUGCCGUAGUAUCAAAGGUCAGUAACAGUGUUCUUUCUUUCUUCAAGCUUAAGUCUAGCUUUGAAGAUAACUUGCAUGAAUUACUUUGGUCUCAAUUAUUUGUCACCAUAAUUAAACACAAAGGUUGCAGUGCUUCCUCUUCCCUUAUGGAAAAUUAGCUUUUCUUUUUUCCUUUCUUUCCCUCCUUUUUUCUUUUCUUUCUUCUUUCUCUUUUUUCUUGGCUUUUUUUUCUUUAAACAGCUUUGCUAAUGCCACAGAAAGGGCUCUUUUAAGAAAAGAUAAGUGAAAAGUACUAAAAAAGAUUCAGGUAAUUAUCAUUCAGCACUUUAUUGUUAUUCAGAAUAAAAUUUAUGAUGGCAUAUUUGCCCUGCAAAUGUCUUAAUGAAAUUGUUCUGAAUAAAAAGCUCCUUAUUGGUUUGAGAAAAACUCAGUUUACCUGUGAGUUUAAUGUGAGCUUGUUCACUCGAAUUUUUGUGUUGACAUUUUAUUUUGAGGGUUGAUACAGUGGUAUUUAAGGAGUCAUCAUUGCAGUCACAUUAGGUUUAUUUCAUCUUUAUUCAGUAAAAAACUUGUAAUAAAGAAUAGUAAAUAAACAAACUUAUUUUCUGGUUAAAUUAAAGUUUAAUUUUAAAAAAUAUAUCAUUACUCAUUUUACUAGGUUGUAAAUUUACUUUCACCAUUGAAAAAGGUGGUUUGGAUGGAAAUGGUUUACUAUGGGCAAAUUUGAAUUAUUUGAACUGCCACAUAUAUUAAUAAUUUGUGAUUUAGACAAAUAUUCUAGAAAUAUCAGACAACAAUUUUUGAAAUCAUUUGCCUCUACCCUGUGGUAUAAGAAUUAUAUACAUGAGCUACUUUUUUUUUUUUUUUUUUGUUCAAAAAAAGGAAAACUUUUCAAGUUAUAGUAGUCUACAUUAAUUGAGCUCAAUAAUUUGGGGGCAAAAGAUGAGCAGUUGGAAUUUAAGUGAUUUAAUAUUCCUUCCUCAUUUUUGGUGGGGAGGGGACUUACAACUCUCUUAUAUAGUAAGGCACUGCUCACUAUUUUAUAGGUGAAUUUGAAUUGUGCAACUCCAGUAUAAAAUAAGGAUUUCUUUACAUGUCAUUUUCCCACCACUGAAUAUGGAUAACUUAAAACUCUUCUUCAGUCUUGACAAUUGAAAUGCCUUAUUUUAAUUAGGAUACAUUUCUCCUCUGUUUGCCAUCUCCCCAGAUGCUGUUAGAUCUCUUGAAAAAUCAGUUUAAAAGCUGAAAAUUGUCCACUUUCUUUUAUAGGAAGUUGGUUAAUAAAUGUGACCUCAGACACUGUUUAAGGCCUUUGUCAGAAAGUAUUCUCAAAAUUAUGAGACUGAAUUAAAAAAAAAAAAACCUUAAAUUUGUGUUUUUUAAUCAACAGAUGAAUAAUUUAUUACUUAAUGAGCCAAUUGUACUCGUUUGAGUCACACUUAACUGUACACUGUAGUCUGAUAAUGUUGGCUGGAGCUAAUGUAUUCAUUUUGAUUACUUUCUAUAAAAAUGCCCCGUUAAGGCCUGCCGAAUUUUAGAUGUUCUACCCUUGAUCAUUUCUGUAAAAGAAAUGGUGACUUACUAAGAUUAGAUACCAGUCUACUUUAUAAAGACAGGUGGAUUACAGAUUUCGAAAAUAGCCAUUUUCUUAUCCAUAAAUCUGAUAGGGACAUAAGCCCAAAUCAGCAAAAGAUAAUUUGGUGCCCAUUAUGAUUUGAAGUUAAGUGAUUGCUCACUUGUAAAAUGACUACAUUAAUGUACAGUGUUUCAGAGACCCCCAUCUACUGUGAUUGGGAAAAUUGUUUGGGUUAUAUUGGAAAAGUAGCUCUUUAAAGUGAUAGUGUCCAACAGAAACCUUAGGUUGAAAUUUACAGGUGUAAUAAUUUUCUCAGAAGUGUGGGGGCCGGAUAAGAUAACCAUAUUCUUGUACACUGUGACAGCAGCAUUAUUGCUUUGAACUUUAACCAUUUUAGAGUUAGAUGCUAAGAAAACUAAAAUUAAUUGAUUGUCACCUUUCUUUUUUUGCCCUCAUAUAUCACUAAACAACUAGUUUCUCUUCCUUUUGUCAAUUCCCAUUGUGUAUUUUUUCCAAAAAGUACUGUUACUCAGAUGCCAGCCAAUAAAUUGUCACACAAUGGAAAAUGAUAUGCCACAACAUUCAUUGUAAGGUUUAAUAAAAUUAAAUUUGCACCAAA